GGAAUGUGACAGUUAAAAACUGUCUUAACCUCAACAUUAUGAAUGUCAUUUUAAAAAGAAUUCAUUGCAAUGCUGUGUUGAGAAAUAUUAUUAUUAAUUUUAAAUUAGAAACAAUUAGUUGUAAUAAAAUACAUUUAACAAAUGUCGAUAAUUUAUUUUGGGAAAGUGAUAAAAAAGGAGGUUAUAACCGACAAAAUAAGAAUAUUUCUAAAACGUUAUUAAUUAAAAAUGGAUUUAAAGAACUCAAAGAUGAAUUGGUAUUAUGGAAAAAUGAAGUUAAAGAAAAGUUUUUAUUAGACCCGGUUAUGGUUUGUAGACCAGGUGAAACAGACGUAGUAUGGCGCUAUGGUAAUAAAGAGUCAUUAUCACAAUGGAUUACAACCAGUGAUAGUGAUCAUAAUGAAGGUAAAAGUUCAUGUUCACUAAACUUAAAUCGCCAGGGACGUGGCGUAUUUUCUGGUAUAAUAAACACAGAAGUGCCUAAAGAUGGACGCACUAAAAAAUCUGGAUACUGUAAUAUGCGAUCAAUUCGUGCUCGAAAAUCAUUUAAACGUGAAGCAUAUUUGGAUUGGCACAUGUAUAAUAAAUUAGUGUUAAAGAUACGUGGUGAUGGACGACCGUAUUUAUUAAAUAUAGCAUCCGAAGGCUAUUACGAUAUAUGGUGGAAUGACAUUUAUCAUUAUAUAUUAUUUACUCGAGGUGGUCCAUAUUGGCAAAUUGCUAAGAUACCGUUUUCAAAAUUCUUUUUAUCAUCGAAAGGUCGUGUACAAGAUCGACAAUACCCAAUAAGAUUAGACCGUGUGACAUCAUUUGGUAUAUCAGCCGGGGAUCGGGUAAAUGGUCCUUUUCAAUUAGAAAUUGAUUAUAUAGGUUUAGAAUAUGAUCCUAAUCAUACUGAAGAAUUUGCUUACGAAAUGUACAAAGUUAAACAAAAGUAUAUUGUAGCUAAUUAAUUAUAUUAUUUUAGGUUUGUUAAUUUUGUUUAAUAAAAGUUAUACAUAAUUCUCCCAUAAGAGUUACCAAA